GAGCGGGCGCCGGGGGCCAGCCGUCCCACCGGAGGAGGCGUGGGCGGCGGCGGCUGCGCUCGGGCGUCCGGCGAGCAGCGCUCCAUGCCCGUGUGGUGCUGCCGCUGCUCUCUGGCCGGUCAUUUCAGGAACUAUAGCGACUCUGAAACCGAAGGAGAGAUUUUUAAUUCCUUAGUGCAAUAUUUUGGAGAUAGUUUGGGGCGAAAAGUUAAAGCGAUGCCAUUAGUUGAAGAAACUUCUUUACUUGAAGAUUCAUCAGUGACUUUGCCUAUGGUAAUAAUAGGAAAUGGACCCUCAGGGAUAUGCCUUUCUUAUAUGUUAUCAGGCUACAGACCAUAUUUAUCAGCAGAAGCAAUACAUCCAAAUACGAUCUUACAUAGUAAAUUAGAAGAAGCAAGACAUCUUUCCAUUGUUGAUCAGGACUUAGAGUACUUGUGUGAAGGCCUAGAGGGCCGAUCAUCUAAUCCAGUUGCAGUACUUUUUGACACACUGCUUCAUCCAGAUGCUGACUUUGGCUAUGAUUAUCCAUCUGUUUUGCACUGGAAACUAGAACAACAUCAUUAUAUCCCUCACAUAGUUCUUGGUAAAGGUCCUCCUGGUGGGGCUUGGCAUAAUAUGGAAGGCUCCAUGUUGACAAUCAGCUUUGGAAAUUGGAUGGAGCUACCUGGACUUAAAUUUAAGGAUUGGGUGUCUAGCAAACGAAGGAACCUAAAAGGGGACCGAGUCAUGCCAGAGGAAAUAGCUCGCUACUAUAAACAUUAUGUAAACGUCAUGGGUCUUCAGAAGAAUUUCAGAGAGAAUACGUACAUAACCUCUGUGUCAAGACUCUACAGAGACCAAGAUGAUAAUGAUGGUCAAGACAGAGAUAUUUCAACAAAGCAUUUACAGAUAGAGAAGUCAAAAUUUAUCAAGAGAAACUGGGAAAUCAGGGGUUAUCAGCGAGUAGCUGAUGGUUCUCAUGUUCCCUUUUGUCUCUUUGCUGAGAAUGUAGCUCUGGCAACUGGAACGUUGGAUUCUCCUGCCCAUCUGGAAAUUGAAGGGGAAGAUUUUCCUUUCGUGUUUCAUUCAAUGCCUGAAUUUGGAGCUGCUGUAAGCAGAGGAAGGUUGCGUGGCAAAGUGGAUCCGGUGUUAAUUGUCGGUUCAGGGCUUACUGCAGCUGAUGCAGUACUGUGUGCUUACAACAAUAAUAUCCCUGUGAUCCAUGCAUUUCGCAGACGAGUAACUGAUCCAAGCUUAAUUUUCAAACAGCUUCCCCAAAAGCUUUAUCCUGAAUACCAUAAAGUCUAUCAUAUGAUGUGUACUCAGUUAUACUCUGCAGACUCGAGUUUAUCUGACUAUACCAGUUUUCCUGAGCACCAUGUGCUUUCCUUUAAGUCGGACAUGAAAUGCAUUCUUCAGAGUGUCUCUGGAUUGAAGAAAAUAUUUAAGCUUUCUGCAGCAGUAGUAUUGAUAGGUUCUCAUCCUAAUCUAUCUUUUCUGAAGGAGCAAGGGUGUUACCUAGGCCAUAACUCAAGCCAGCCAAUUACAUGUAAGGGUAAUCCUGUAGAAAUAGAUGCGUAUACCUAUGAGUGCGUUAAAGAAGCCAACCUUUUUGCCUUAGGUCCUUUGGUCGGGGACAAUUUUGUUCGAUUUUUAAAGGGAGGGGCACUGGGUGUUACACGCUGUUUAGUUACAAGACAGAAGAAGAAGCAGCAUUUAUUUGUUGAAAGAGGAGGAGGAGAUGGGAUAGCUUAAAGCAAGUAUACGCAUAAUUUAUAUGGACAGUUUACCAUUAAAGAUUUUUAAUAUAGUGGUUUUGCAGUGUACUCGCUUGAAUUUUCUGGACCUGAAUUGCCUGGAGGAGAGCCACAAGCUCUAGUAAUCAUUUUUUAAAGUUACAAGAACUCGGUGUCCUGUUUCUACUGUAAUGCAUCAAAGGCAUCACUGUCAGGCAAGGACUGCCAAGUUGCCUGGUUUACGUUAUGCUCUCAUUUAACUGAAACGUGCGUUUCUUCCAAGACAUGCUUUUGAUGGUUUUUGGUUAUUUCUUACAUUUGAUUCCAAGAUACUAUAGCCUUGAAUCUAUAAAAUCACACAGUGAUCAGUCCAGAAAUUGUCCUAAUUGAUACCUGGUUACCUUGCUGGUUAAAGGUGGUUGAAGCACCAGCAGGAUCAGCUUCACCCGUGGCUUGUUAGAAAUGCAGACUUUCAGGCCCCACACCAGAGUUACCAAAUCCAAAGCUUCAUUUUAACAAGAUCCCAAGUGGUUUGUAUGCGCCUUAAAGUUUGAGACACACCGAUCUAAAAUGGUAGAUAAGGUAUGUACACUGGGGGUGGAGUAGGGACUAGGGGCAUCUAAAACUCAGGUUUUAUUUAUUUUGAAAUUAUCAACUAUAUAAAUCUAAUUUAUUACCAAAUAUGAUGGUCUUUAAAAAAAAGAUUUUUAUUGCUGAAAACUUGACAGGAGAUUCAUAUUCUUAGCUUCUCAUAAUUUAAACAGUCCAAUAAUGUUGGCGUAUGCUUAUAUAUCAAAGAACCAGCCAAGAUAGUUUUUGGAGAUUUGUUCUCUUCUUAACAACUGUAACGGUUAAUUAUUCUGAUUUGCAGUUCAAUAAAUUGCUGAUUUAACUACUUAUCCCUGUGUGUAUAAUGAGUUAAUUUCUAUCACUGAACCUAAGAUAUUUGGACAUGGUAAAUACUAUCAUAAUACUGUUUUGGUAUUGCCAGAGUUACUAAAGGUUAAAACUGAAAAUAAGAUUAAAAGCUGUCUCUUCAUUCCCAAAGUCAUUAUUACUCUGAAAUCUCUAACCUGGAUGUUUUGCUCAUUGGAGAUGAUAAAGCAAGUUAUACUAUGGUUGUUAUUUAUUGAAUUUAUCUGCUGUAAUUAAUCUUGAUUUAUUUAGAUGUGCUCAAUGAGUGUAUUUUCACACAAAUUCCCGGAAUUUUUAGUGUUAAACCAAAAAAAAAAAAAAAAAAAAACUUCUAAAGUUCUCCCUGGCAAAUUGAAUUUUUUAGUGUUUUUCUUUUGGUGAAAUUUAUUUCAUCUGGAAUGUGUUUGUUGAGCAUCUAAUUCUGUUUUUCUUAGGAUUAAAAAUGGAUCAAAUUGUCAUUUUUUCUAUUUUAUUGCAAUGUUAUGUGCUUGUUUUACCAGAGAUCAUAACUUACCUUAAAUAUAGUUGUUGAGAAUAUAUUUGCUUCUGCCAACUAGCUGCUUCAGAUGAAUUCUUAGACUUUUGAUAAUUGUCAUGCCUGACGAAGUUCAACUUGAUGUUACUAACCAUGUCAUCCAGUGUUAGUAUCCUAUUAUAACUGUUUUUGAACUGCUUUCAUGCCUUAUUGAAAUAAUGGCUUAACAUCCUCUGAGUGUACUUGAUUCAGUAUUGUCCUGUUGGCCUGUUCUUUUAAGGUUCUAAAUGAGUUGGAUUAGAUGUUUUUCUUAAUGUCACUUCUAACUUGAAAAUGAUGACUGUAUUAUAAAGAUGAACUCUGAGGAAGGAUAGACCUGUUGUCAUCCCCUUGUGUUUUGAAAGCCUACUUUGACUCAGCUGAUACAAUUUUUUGCAAUGAGGGUAUGCACAAAAAAUGACUUCAGGGAAAAUAAAGCGUCAGUAGGGCCCUAGGUAAACCUGGUGAAUAAUUUAUCUCUGGAACCUUCCAUGUCCUUCAGAUGCAGCUGCACUGUGUUGCAUGUAACACUCAAGCCUUUUCUCUGCUGUACUUUACCCCUGUACUUCAAAACUUCCCUACCUUAAUUACUAUUUCAUAAUAACAAAUUUUCCCUUGUUCUUUAAUAGCUAUUUGGGGGAAGGGAAGGGAAUGUGUCACUAAGUAUUUGACUAGUUAGCCAUACCAUGAUGUGGGCAUCUCCCUUUCCUCCCACAACAACUUUAUCCCCCAAAGCCUAGCACAGUAUUUGACACAGUCCAUACUCAAUAGCUAUUAAAAAGAAUGUUUACAAAGCAGAAUCAAUUUGGGGUUUUUACAAUGAUGUAAUAAUAAGAUUUAGUCACCUCUAUAAAAAAAAAAAAUUUUUUUUUUUUUUUUUUAAUCAGUAUUUCGGAGCCCUGGUGGGGCAGUGCUUAAGAGCUAUAGCUGCUGACCAAAUCAGCAGUUCAAAUCCACCAGUUGCUCCUUGGCAAUCCUAUGGGCAGUUCUACUGUCCUGCAGGUUUGCUAUGAGUCAGAAUUGAUGGCAAUGGGUUUGGUUUUUUUGUAUCAGUAUUUUAGACACAGUAUCUGAAUUUAAUACGAACGUUUAUUUUUGGAAAACCUUAGAGGCUUUACCAUGUAAACAUAUUUUAAAAGCAUCAAAUUUAAACAUUAAAAAAACUGAAAGGUGUUUUAAAAAGUUAUAUAGUCACUAGAGGUGAGAAAAUUCUUCCUAAACCUUGCUGUUGAAGAAAGUUGUGUUAAGUCCCAGCCUCUGCAACACUGUGGCACCCAGAAUGAAACAAAAUUUAGAUUGAAAACGUUUAACUUGGUUACAGAGACUAUUGCAUAAAGCUAUUUUGGUCAGAUUCGGUCACAUAAUUAAAAAAAACUCAGUUGGAUACAUUUCUAUGUGGGGGCGGGGAAGGAGGAGGAAAGAGCCAAGGUCCCUGAAACUAGCCUGAAAAGAGUGUGUAGAAUAAGGAUUGAGGAGAUAUUUUGCUGUUUCCAAAUUACUCCACCCUUUAGGAUAUAUAAGAAAAAUUGUGAAAGGAGCAAGAUAAAAAAGAUAAAGAGAUGAAUGAUAAGCCACAAAAAGAACUAAUAAUAACCUUCAAAUUUAAAGAUCGAAAGGGACUGAUGGAGUAAUGAGAAUUGGACUUAAUCAUCACUGUAAUCAGGUUUAAAACUAAGAAAUAUGUGGGAAAAUAGCGUGGGGGUGAUGUCUGACCUCUAACUUCACAAGGGAAAAGGAAAAUCAACAUCAACAACCCAAGGCAGAUCCCUAUGAGGCAAAAAUCAGACACACCUCCUCUCCCCACCGUCUUUACCAAUUCUGGCACCAACCAUCCCUCCCAUUGCACUCGUACUUCUCUGCUGGGUUCGGUAAUUCGUUGCAAUGGCCACACAGAACUCACAGACAAUACAGUUAUGGGGCUUAUUAGGGAAGUAACAAGUUACAAUUCAGGUUCAGGAACUCUACUCCCCACCCCCAAGCCUCCCGCCCAAAGGCACUCAGCUUUAUUGCUUCAUUGGCCGGGAAGUCCACCACGCUGUCUCCCGCUGUUGUUUCUCUGUCACCAAUUCUCGAGCUCAUGCUCUUUCUGUCUCCUGGUUCCAGGAGCUUCUCAGCACAGGAAUCCUGGGUCCAAAAGGUGUACUCUCUGCUUCUGGCAGUUAGAGUGGUCCUGGCUGUUCUCCCUUGGUGGUGAUGGGAUUUCGUCUUUCCUGCCUCAGGGGUGGCUCAUUUCAGGCCCGGCGGGGUGGCAAAACUAAUCAGUCCCUUCGGUGGGCCACAAUUACCUUCUCCGCACAGUCCCACCCAAUCACUUGGGUGGGAGCUACAAGACCAUGGCUAGAAAGGCCACACAAAAGCAACCCAAUACAUUGCAAUAUGUAAAGCAAUAUUUUCAGGUACUGGACAACAACCGAGGUCUGACUUUUUUUAAUACUUUUUAAAAUUGGUGUAAAAAUAGAGAACACAUUUGCCAAUCCACCAUUUGCAUGUACAAUUCAGUGAGACCAAUUUUAAUCAUGUUGUGCAAACAUCACCAAAAUCUAUGGCCAAAUUUUCCAUCACCAUAAACAGAAACUCCCAAAACUGAUAAUUUUAAGAGGAAGAAAUAGGUGAGCUCUACAAUCUUGACUUCUACCUGUGGGCACUUAACACAGGAAAUGGAUCUCUUGUUAGGUGCUGAUAAUCAGUCUGACUCAUACAGACCCUAAGUACAACAAAAAUUCAUCUGGAAUGUGCUUUCCUCACAAUCCUCAGAUCCUGCGUCAUCCUCACAAUCAUUGCUAUGUUCCAUCUCGUUGAGGGGUCUUCCUCUCCUUCACUGACCCUGUACUUUACCAAGCAUGAUGUCCUUCUCCAGGAACUGGUCCUUCCCUGAAAACAUGUCCAAAAUACAUGAGAAGUCUUACCAUCUAUGCUUCUAAGGAACAUUCUGGUUGUACUUCUUCCAAGACAGACUUGUUUGUUCUUCUGGCAGUCAAUGGUAUAUUCAGUAUUCUUUGUCAACACCAUAAAUGCAUUAAUUCUUCGGUCUUCCUUAUUCGCUAUCUAGUUUUCGCGUGCAUAUGAGGCAAUUGAAAUCACCAUGGCUUGGUCGGGCAAACCUUAGUCUCUAGAUGGGGAAAAACAGGUUUGCAGAGAGCAUGAAUACGUCAGGCAGGGUAUUGAGGUGCAAGCUCCAGAUAUUUGCAUAAGGAUUUAAGUCUGGUUGAAUACUAAAUGUUGUUGGGUGCCCUGUGGAAGGUUGGGUGAGGUCUUUUCUCACAGGGCAGCUGGUGGAUUCAAACCUUUGACCUGGUUAACAGCCAAGCGCUUAACCCUUGCACCACCAGGGCUCCCUUACUAAACUGCAUAGAGGGAGAGAAACCAGGAUACUUACCAGAGAUUGGCUAUUGGGGACUAGGAGCUGAUCAGAAAUCCUGGAGGUUACACAGUUCUGGAAGACACUGGAUUUCUAACCAGCCAGAGAAGGAAGGAGACCUUGCCGAGCACCCUAUCUAACCCUGCAAACAGGAUAAACAGGAAACACAUCAUGCCCAUCACAAUCAAACUGAUGAAAAAGACAAUUUUAAAAGCUGCCAGAGAAAGAAAGACAUAACAGGAAAGAAUGAUAAGAAUGAACAACUGACCAGGAAAAAAUGCAAUUAAGAAGAUAGUGGAACAAUGCCUUUAAAAUGCUGAAGUAAAAACCCAUCCAAUUCUAUAGCAAAAAUAUUGUUCAAAAACAAAGGUGAAGUAAAGAUUUUUUUGGAUAAUUGAAAGCUGAGAAAAUUUGUUACUAGACCUGCACUACAAGGACUGUUAAAGGAAGUUCACACUGAAGAUAUGUGAUACCAGAUUAAAUAUACACAUAUCUACAUGAAGGCAGAAAUACAAUUAUUUCUUUUUCUCCUUAAAUUAUCUAAAAGCCAAUUGGCCACUGAAAGGAAAAUAACUGUUUACAACAAAAAUAAAGAUUACAAAAUUGUAAGAUUUGUAAGUAGCAUCUGGGGUGUUAAAAGCCUGAGAGUGGCCACCUAAGAUGCUCCACUGGUCUCACCCUGUCUGGAGCAAGGGAGAAUGAAGAAGACUAAAGAUACAAGGGGAAGAUGAGUGCAGGGGACUACUGGACCACGUUUACCACAGCUUCCACCAGACCGAGUCCAGUACAACUAGAUGGUGCCUGGCUACCACCACUGACUGCUCUGACAGGAAUCACAACAGAGGGUUCCAGAAGGGAGAAUGUUGACAUGUCAUGGGCUUGUUAACCAAUGUCAUGAAAAAAUGUGUGCCUUUUAAUAAGCUAGUUUGUUCUGUAAACCUUCAUCUAAAGUACGAUUAAAAAAAACUGUAGGAUUUAGGACAUGUAGAAGGAAAAUAUGCGGCAAUACAAUAAUAGCACAAAAAAAAGUAAAUGAAAGUACAGAUUUAUAAGGCAUAUACAUGAAGUGGUAUACCUUUAUUUAAGGUAGACUGUGAUAAGGAUGGAGCCCUGGUGGUACAGUAGUUAAGAGCUUGAUUGUUUACCAAAAGGUUGACAGUUCAAAUCCACCAGUUGCUCCCUGGAAACUUUACGGGACAGUUCUACUCUGUCCUAUAGGGUCACUAUGAAUCGGAAUUGACUCAGUGGCAACUGGUUUGGUGAUAAGGACACACAUCCAUACAGCAACUACUAAAAAAAAAAAAAAAGAUAAAAUGGAAUACUAGAAAGUAAUUGAUUAAUCCAAAAGAAGACAGAAAAGGACGGAAAAAGGAACAAAGACCAGAUAGAAAACAAGCAAGGUAGUCUGCAACCCAGCCAUAUCAAUAAUUAUAUUACAUGUACAUGGGCUAAACACCACCAAUUUAAAGGCAAAGAUUAUCAGACUGGAUAAAAAAGCAAGCUUCAACAAUAUGUUUACAAAUGACUCAUGUAAAUGAUAGGUUACAAGGAUGGAAAAAGUUAGAUCAUGAAACACUGAUCAUAAGAAAGAUUUCAAGACAAGAAACAUUACUAGGGAUAUAGUCAUAAUGAUAAAAAAAAAAAAAAAAAGGCUUAGUUAAUUCAGAAGGCAUCCCAAUCCUAAAUGUGUAUGCACCUGCUUCUCCUCUUCACUCCAUUGGUGAGGGAGGGAGGCCCAUCGUAGGGUUCUAGGGUUGGCCAAACACAUUAACACCCAACACUGGAUAGAUGAGUUUGACAGUUUAUUAGUCACAUACACCCCAGAGCAGGCACUACACCAUGCAGGACCACACUGGGUUGUUUUUAGGAGCUGAGUGAACCAGCACGGAGUGUGGGAGGCAGGCUUUGCAGUAACGAGAGUGGGGUGAUGCUGUUUCCCAUGGAAGGUGGUGAUUGGCUUGUUUGAAUAAUAUCAUGAGCUGAAAGGACUAAGUGGAGUGCAGCUGGUCUGGCUGAUAAGGAAACUAGCCAGGUGGGAAGCCUUUCCUGUUAGGUGGGGGUGUUUUAUAAUCAUGUAUGAUUAUAGAUUCUUUGGGUAAUGUAACACAACAUAGAUACUCAGAUAGAUGAAAAGCAGACUCGUUCUUACAGCUCUAAAUGAGGGAAGGUGACCAGGCAGGGCCACAUGGGAUUGCACCUGGGGACAGGGUAACAGCCAGCCGGAAUUGUAGGAGGCAGCUUACUUACGUGAGUGGGGUAGGGUUAGCUAGGUUUUGCGGGGUUUCCUGUGUAUUGGGUAUAAUUCCAUGGUCCCAAAGAAGAGGCCAUCCUUGGGUGUUAGGUAUUUGGAGGCAUCCAUGUAUUAAAACCCAGAAGUGUUGGAGCCUGACAAGGAAUUAGUUGGUGUGUGGGCUUAGCAAACUGCCUGUGAAGGAAAAUUGAGUUUUUUAGCCAUGAUCUUAAAACCACGACAAGAUAGCACCUGUGAAAUAGUAUAUUGCAGGGGGGCAUAUCUAGCAAGAGUGGGGGAACUGAGGCCUUUGGAUCUGAGUCUUACAAAACCAGUGAUGGGAAUCAGAAUGAGGUAGAACUAACCCUGGGGAAAAGGACCAAAAUGGAGAACUGUGGCAUUAGUCCACGUCCUCUAAAAAGCAGAUACCAAUAGGACUAAAAACGCAACAAAUUAGUGGAAUCACCUGUAAGGGAACAAUGGCUUCAACAUUCAACACUCUGUUGGUGGUCCUAACCAAUGUAAUAAGGCAAAAAAAAAAAAAAAAAAAAAAACAGAUUGGAAAGGAAGAAGUAAAACUUCUUUAUGCAUGGAUGUGCACAUAAAAAUCUUAAGGAAUCUACUAAAAAAAAAAAAAAAAAGUUACCAGAA